ACGACCCACACAGCCCCGGGACCCACCCACGAUGCACACACACCCACGCCCAACCCACGCACACACACCCACGUUGGAUACCAUCUCUCUCGUCUUCCUCGAUCCCCUUUCUCCACCCCACGCCGCCGCCAGAUUCCGGUGAUCCCCGCGGUUCCCCACCACCUAGCUCUCCUCCCCGAGGUCACCUCUGCCCGCUCACCAUCUCCACUGACCGGUUUCUCUCCUCGCCCAGGAGAGCCACACCCAGGCACUGGUGGUGGUGCGCCGCGUGGAGGCCCCAGCGGCGUUGAGCUGCUGUUGCUGCGGGCACAGCGACGUCGACGUGGUCAGGAUGGUCGCAGCCCUUCAAGAUUCUCAAUGGCGGCAUCUCGGCGCUGAUGGCGGAGUCGACGGCGAGCAUCGGCGGGUACAUGGCAUCGGGGUACCGGAGGGUGGCUGGCGUGCAGCUCUACAUCAACCACCUCAAGCCCGCCCGCCUCGACGACCGCAUCGAGGCCAAGGCGAACCCCAUCCGGUACCUCAACCCCGACGCGUACUUGGAAAAGGACCAGCUACUGGACGCGGUGCAUUGGAUCCGGCAGGCGGUGGGGCUUGCCUACGACCUGCUCUGGGGCACCGCCCCCCUCGUCGGCGCCUUCUGGAUCGCCCUGUCAGUCCCUCCCUCCCUCCAUCCUCAAAGCCCCAACCUUCUUCUUUCCCUUCAGACAUAGGCAUCGAUUCAGGCUCAUUGUUAACUGAAUUUGUAAGCUCAUCUCACACUGGAUUUGGGACCUCUUUCCCAUCGUGUAUUAUAGUACUAGCAAGUCAGUCACACAUGAAUUAGUAGAUGAGUCUAGCAAUUCUGUUAACUGAAUUAUUUUAGAAACCCACUUUGUUUUGCCUUUCAUUGAUCACCGCGACAGGUCAGAGGAGGUGAAGUGAAUGUUAGAUUCGCUGUGAAUUGGAGGUUCGGUAGCCUCGUCUCUGAGCACUCGUCACCAGCUCAGCAACAAGCAUCGCAGUGGUGAUGCGAUUUCUCUGGUAUUAGAUGUGACAUGAGUUGUUCAAUCAGCUCUUUGUUUGGCGUGGCCAUUAGCAAACCAGCAAACCAACGCAAUUGCCUCAUAUAUGUAGUGGGAUAUGAACUGCUCUUAGUUUCUCUGUGCUCAUUAUUAGUUCAAUAAAUUGGCAAACGGCUGCUGAUGUAUGAUUGACUGGCUUUGUUUAUCU